CUGAGUCUCUGCUGCCACCCAAUUCCUGUCAGCUGAGUCUCUGCUGCCACCCAAUUUCUGUCAGCUGAGUCUCUGCUGCCACCCAAUUCCAGUCAGCUGAGUCUCUGCUGCCACCCAAUUUCUGUCAGCUGAGUCACUUCCGCCACCCAAUUCCAGUCAGCUGAGUCUCUACUGCCACCCAAUUCCUAUCAGCUGAGUCUCUGUGCCACCAAAUUCCUGUCAGCUGAGUCUCUGUGCCACCAAAUUCCUGUCAGGUCUUCAAUCAUGACACGAAGGUUGUCGCAACACUCAAAAUAAUCCCAUUGUACAUUGAUAAACUAAUUAUGGCUUGUGCCUGAUGUAAAUUAGACUAAGAAAAUGGUCGCGGAUCCCCAUUUAAGUUGCUACGGAAACUUCCUUGUAAAUAAGACGAGGAUCGUUGUCUUUAACGUAAGUUUGUGCUAAUCUGAAGAAUUUCUUCGCUGCUUGUAGAAUAUAUUUAGAAGCCCUGUGAUUCAAUAGAUAAGCUUAUGAUAAGAGAUCUGAUCGUGGUUUUGUGUUUUAAUCUUCCGUUAAAUUUACGUCUUAACAGGACUUUACGAAACCUACGUAUAUUGCGUACUACCAAAUUUGGACUAUGAAUAUGGGUUAGGCGCUUGAUUGGAUUGAUUGGUCGUGCAAUAAUUAAUUUAUUGGUGACGACAACAUUCAAAGUGAAUAUUUAAGAAAGUAAAUAAUAUGAUUAUAUCAUUUCUGCUCUGUCCAUCAUUCUGGCAGUCUAACAUAAUUAAUUGUUACGUACCGACGAAGAUGUGAUAUGUCAGAAGAAGCACACUCAAAUUUAUUUUUCUCAGUACGUUAGAAACGCUUAACUAGAGUAUUAUAGGUUUAUUUUAUUAUAAUUAUAAUUAAAAAUACUUUAUAAUACGAUAGUAUAGUAAGUGUAUGCAUUUUUUGUCUCCCUUUUUCAAGCACCAAUGUAUAAACUAUGAAGUGUGAAAACUGAAAAUUUAUUCAACAACUUGGAAAAGCGAAAGAAUAACUUUAACUUUCAAACUUACGUUAUUUUCAUAUUUUAUUUGAGUAUCUAAAUUGUGUACAAAUAUUCGAAGAGCUGGGAACCAAAAAAAAAAACAAUAUUAUCAAAAAUUGAAAUUUUCUUGGUAAAGCACUUGGGUGCGCAACCGUUGGCCACAAAUUUAACUCUUAAACAAUCUUUGUAGCAAACGCUAUGUACAAACAUGCUCAGCUAAACUCAGGCUCAGAGCUACGAAGACGCAGACCACGCUAGAAACACCGCAAGCCAUUCCAGUUCCGCGACGGCUUAAAAGCCAUAGGCGCUGUGGGACCGCAGCCACUGCUCCAGCCAGUAUAGUUUAGGUCCUGAAAGGCUGAAAGGUUUGUUUGGGUGGAGAGCCGGGACAAGUGUGAAGGAAGGUGCAUGCUAGGGUGUAGAUGUCGUGAAGACUAGGUGAGACUGCUGGCUUAAGACUCCUAUGGCUUUUAAGCACGCUAGACCUCUUCAAAAAGCAUCAUGGCUGAGGCAUGAGCAUUUAUAAGCCAGUUAUUCAACAUCAAUGGGGAAGUGUUUGUCCUGCUUGAAGGACGAUCAACAUCUCAAACAUUCUGAGCAGCCUGUUGAACACUACCCUACUUCUGGCAGCAGAACAAACAUAGCCAUUGCUUAUCACAAACAGAAAGGUGAAGCAAACAGCAGAGACGUGUGUUCACAGCACCCAGAAACUUCAUCAAUACGCAACAGUGUUGAGUGUUCCUCAAGCAUACCUAUCUUCGACCGCUCCACUACAUUGCUGGGAGGGCGGCUCUCUGGAGACGCAAGCAGUAACGGCACAAAACACUCUUCCAUCAUGGGCGUCACUGGGGGCACGAGCGGCUCUGCUACUGGCACAAACAACUCCAAUUCAGCAGAGAAAAAAUCUUUCUAUGCCCGGAUUCCUCCUCUCUCUCGACCUACUAGUCACGAGCCUCGCCGACCGUCCUCUAAGGAAUAUUGCUCAGAGACCAAAAUUAACACAUUGUUUGAUGUGUACCGGGAGCCUCCUCAGCUCGAAGCUGUCAGCACUGAUGAAGAGACUGAAGACGUCAUGUUAACUGAGGGCAUUCAGAGGUUUUGUGCUGAUCUCGACCUGAGUCCUGACGAUUUUAGAGUGCUUCUCUUUGCUUGGAAAUGUGAGGCAGAGACCAUGUGCAAGUUCACGCGUUCAGAGUUUGUCAGAGGGUGUAAGUCCCUGAGGAGUGACUCUAUCAAGGGCAUCAUAUCGAAAUUCCCGGAACUGCAGAAGGAAGUGCAGGAAUUUGACCAUUUUAAGAACUUGUAUAAAUGGGCUUUCAAGUUUGGCCUUGAUAAUGAAGUUGGUCAACGAAUUCUUCCUGCAGACAUGGCAAUAUUGCUGUGGAAACUUGUUUUUGAGCAGCGCCAGCCUAAAAUUUUGGACCGCUGGCUGGCCUUCUUGGAGUGUCAUCCAAGUAUUAGAGGAAUACCUCGUGACACAUGGAAUAUGUUUCUGAAUUUCUCAGAAACUAUAGGAGAUGAUCUCAGCACCUACGACGAUACUGAGGCUUGGCCCAGUCUUUUUGAUGAUUUCGUUGAAUAUGAGAAUGAUCAGCUCAAUCAGAAUAUAACCAAAGAUCCAAAGCAAUAGCAUAUACUUUAAUUUGAAGUCCAUUUUAUGUCUUUAUUUGUAUUAUAUCAUUUGAGAAUAACUCAGAAGUUAGAUACUUAUCCUGUUUGGUUGUGAUAAGUCACAUUAACGAUCCUUGUAUUAUUUUUCUCAAGGAUACCAUCCCACAAUCAUAACUCUUAACGAAAUUCAUUAUUUACUUCGUAUCUUUAUUACUUCAGUGAGUGUGCCUGGAUAUUUACCACCAAAUUGGAUGUUCAGUCUCGGUUUGCAGCGUGACUAUCUAUCGUGUAUGUGGUUGAUUUAGGUUUGAGGUUAUUAUUUUAUAGUAUUGUCCUUUGGUUGUCCUUUGAGUUAACAAAACAGAUUUUUCAAAUUAAUCUAUUUGUGAUUAGAACUGAAAUUCAUCAGAAUUUAGGUCUGAAUAUGUAGGAACUCGUGGUAAGCAUUACUAAAAAUUCGAGAGUUAAGCACGGUAUUCAGUGUUGUAUUGAAUGCUGUCCUUGGCCGGUGCAAGUUGACUGCGAGGAAAUCUGGUUGUUGGUAGUAUUCUGCCUACCUGAUUACCUUUAGGCACUACUAUAAUCAUGUUGCACGAAAAUUUAGCGCAUCGUGGUGCAUUUCAUGUAUUGAAUUUGUGGUUUCAUUUAUAGAUACUCGAUUAAUGGCCCAAUUCAAUGUUGGUUCAGACACGAAACUAGAAUCAACUUUUGUACUGUAUGAUGUUUGCGCGCUCCUUGGCUUAUAAGAAUUGAUAUCUCAAUGAGUAAAUAUUUUUUGAGGAAUUGAUUUGGCGUGGGCAUUGAUGGAUGCGUGAAUCACAUGCACCUUUGUCUCUUCUGGGUGAAUAAUUUUUGGCUAAAGGAAUUUCACUGCAAAAUGAAGUAUGCAAGUGCAAUAUGAUGUUGGACAGAUCAGUCAUACCUAUUUUUUCAUUUUGCUUACGAUCUCACACCGUCGAUUCAUUGAAAUAUGCCGUGUGUCUGAGGCACGAGUCAUGAUCUUUUUCAUGCACUGAUUUCAAAGUGCAUUUCAUUUUUUAUACUUUAACUUUCGUUAUUAGAAUUAACUGACUGUACAUUCUCGACGCUUUGUUUACUUGAUGGGUGCUGAGUUUUGGGAGUAAGUUGAUUUUUUUUAAUUUGUUAGAUGAUUGAAAGUUCAACGCUAGAUUUUAAUCAUUAAAUCGGUACUUAUUGAUAGGAAUUAUACUUUGUUUUGAGCAGACCCUCUAUGUGUUUGCUGUCUUUGUAAAUUCGUUGUUGUAGGAACUUAAGUGUCAUUUUGAUAAGCUCAGUAUCUUAAUACAUCGAACUGUCACGAGUGAAUAUAAGGUGCAGGCUGAUGUUCAGUGUUAGUUUUUAACGAUACGUUUCUCCUUGUUCAUCAAUGUCAAGCUUGACUCCCGCAGACUGUGAAAGAAGUCGCACAUUAUAAGUCCUUAAUCGUAAACCAUCAUUUAUGCUUUCUUGAACUAUCAUUUAUGCCAUGCCUGCUUGAGCAAGUAGGCAUGACUACGAGUUAGCUAAUCGUGGCGCUGUGCUAUUGCAAUGUGUGGGCGAGUCAGGCUCUGAACGUCCCUUCUCAUGUUGUACAUGUACUCUCAUUCUCAGCUAGUCUUCUACUUUCAUGUCACUUGAUUUCAACGGUCACUUUCAUUCAUGUCUAGGACAUUGGUGUUAAAUGACCCAUUGGUGAACUUUGAAUUAAUGUCCAUUAUCCCUAAUAAUUGUUCUCAUUGUCGAAUAUUAUUCUAGAAAUGGCUAGAAGGCAGAGCGGUGUAGCACAGCGAAAUUUGAUCAGCGAGUUGCAUGCUUGAAGCCGCAACAAGCUGUGAAAUGUUCUGCAAUGUUAAGAGUCUGCGACAGGUUUAACGGCCUAAUCAGCUCUUAAACCAUUAUGACUGUAUACGGUGUUGAGGUUUCCAUACAUGCCAGAACAAUUACUAGACAGUAGUGUUGAUCUCGGAUUAUUGAUGUAUACAAGCUUUCAAGGAAUGAUACUUAGUUAUGUCAGCGUACUUCAUCAAAGACGCAUGUAGCAAUUAUCUACACCGUGUUUAGUAUAUAUGUAUGGCAGGUGGAGAAAUAUUACAGAAUGUUGCUCAAGUGAGAUUACCUUCAACCGAGCUGCUGUUAUGUCUCCGAGCCAGUGAUUUUUUUAGUACAAUGAGAGGUAAAAACUUACAAAAUCUAACGAAUUCAUCUUUUGAGCAUUCCUGUACUGGGAAAAUUGCACAAUUUCCAGCUUCGUUGAUUUUGUUGAUAUUUACGUGUAUCAUGGCGACAUGAUGGAUGGAGCAUCAUGAUCAAUGUAGGCAAUAGAAGUUUAGUUGAGUGAGCCCAAAACGAUCUCUGAUCGCCAUAACGCCUUGUGAUUUCCAGAUUGCGUUCUAAAUGCAUAUCUCACAUCAACCACCGCAUCAACUUUAAUGCUAUUGUGAUAACUUUUUUCUAGCUUUAUACAAGUGUAGCUAGUUUGUGUACUAGACCACAACAAUAUCUUGAAUGGCGAGUUCUUUUGAACGUUCAAGAAUUUUACACUGCAUACACUGUGGUCAGUUACUCGAGCCAUUCUGCGUCUCAACACUUGUCCAUAUGCAAUUGUUCCCAUAAUUUCUAAUUACACCACUUGUUGACGAAUCAACCGGACGUUGGUUUAGUCAUGGUUGAAUUAGUACAAGGUUGAUCCAUGAGAAGCUCAUUUUUGCGGAUGUAGUUUGUGGUUCGCCUGUGACGUCACGGAUCUCGGUGACGGAACAAGAAUGCUGAACUGAAAGACGGAAAUCCUCGUGAGCCAACCUUAUAUAGUUCAACCAUGGGUUAAGUGGAAUUCUCGGUACGCUCUAUGGCGUUUCUUUCCGGAUUCAUGCUUUCCGCGGUUUACAGCACUGCCCAUGUUGAGGCCAGGUGUGUUGACGAGUGAACAAUCUACAUACGGGCGAUUAAUUUUAGUCCUUCACUCGUACUCCAUUAUUGUUUUCAAAUCAUUAGCCUUAAUCCAGGGUACGUCUAUGUUCAUUAUCCUUAAGGUUACUGUCUCCCUAAUAUCAUAGUGAUAAUGAAUUUUUAUUGGUUGCAUUAUUGCGUUCUCACUAUCUAAUUGGGGCUCGUCCAUUUGGUUGUUUUGCCAUUUGGUUAUUGUAUUUUAGGGCAGAAAAAACGCUUAGACCAUUUUAAUUUUUCAAAAACUAUUAAUCAGUCCUGAAGUUUUGUCCUAUUACUAUUCUUCAGACCUAGUGUUUGUGGUUUUUCUCACUUGUACAACUGUUUUGAAAAUUUCCGUGUACCGCUAGAAAUUGUUAUGACGCUGAAGUGCUAGAUAGAUUCCUAAAGUCUCACCUUGCAAGUAAUGGACUCCACCAUUUAAAGCCUGGCUUAUUCCUCGCGCUUGUGUUGUAAAUCUGGUCAUUCACGUGCGUGAGUCGCAGUUUAAUUUUAGAAGAUGACUUGCAAAGAAUUUCCUGGGACUUUCUUCAGGUUUCUGCAACCAAGUAGAAAUGCUUUCCGUUCAAGUUCAGGCUGAAUGAGCUUGGCUCUGGCAUGCUGCCCUAUUGUAUGUACUAUAGAUUUCUCGGAUACUCGUUUGUGUGUAUAUAUUAUUUGUAAUUAA